UUCCCCUUUCCUUCAAAUUUCCUUAUUUCCUCUCAUUCGUCAUACCCUUUCUUCCUCUUCAGAAAAAAAGAAAAAUCCUUCGGUUUAUAGGUUUACGGUUUAAGGGUUUUUGAAAUCUCAUGGAAACCUCCGCUCCAGAAGCAACGUCUCGCAGAUCGUCGUUCCGUUACUUUCACUGCCGCUGCUUCAGGCGUUGUUGUCGCUGUUUCUGUUGCUUCUACACCUAUCCGUAGGAGGAGGGCUCGGAUUUUUCGCAUAUUUCCUUGCGCAAGUUGGACAUUUUUUUAAAGGUUGAUAGGGUUUAUGGAUUUGCCGCAUGCUCAACCGGGCCCCUAUCUCGGGUUCAAUACACAUACACCGCCUGUUUCAAGAACGUCUAAGGUGGACAGCCCGAUUUCGCUUCAAAUCGAUUCGAGGUUUUGCAAUUCGUUGAACCCGGUUCCGUCCGUUCCGCUACAGCUGCUCGAGCGGAAGGAAGAGAAAAUUGAGCUCGAAAAUGGGGACGACCAAAGUGAAGAUGAGAAAUUCAGCAUUCUGGGGCACUCUGUGUGUUUGAAGAGGCCGAGAGAUGGCCAAUCGUUGGUCUGUACGAACCCUCCAAAGCGUGUUGCGGACGAACCGGGUCUCGAGGCGAGGCAAGCCGCUGUGCGGGCCUGGGGAAACCAGCCGCUAGGGGUGGCGGACCCGGAGAUCCACGCGAUUAUGGAAAAGGAGAAGCAGAGACAGUUCAAAGGGAUCGAACUCAUUGCUUCGGAGAAUUUCGUAUGCCGGGCUGUGAUGGAAGCUCUGGGCAGUCACUUGACUAAUAAGUACUCAGAAGGAAUGCCCGGAGCUAGAUAUUAUACCGGCAACCAGCAUAUUGAUCAGAUUGAAUUUCUCUGUUGCCAGCGCGCAUUGGCGGCGUUUAGUCUUGACUCCGAGAAGUGGGGUGUGAAUGUUCAGCCAUACUCUUGUACCUCCGCAAAUUUCGCGGUUUACACUGGUCUUUUGCUUCCCAAUGAUCGGAUUAUGGGUUUGGAUUCGCCAUCCGGAGGGCAUUUGAGUCACGGGUACUAUACUACGAGCGGGAAGAAGGUCUCCUCUGCUUCGAUAUUCUUUGAGAGUCUCCCUUAUAAAGUGAACCCACAAACGGGUUACAUUGAUUAUGAAAAGCUGGAGGAGAAGGCACUUGAUUUUCGCCCCAAGAUACUUAUUUGCGGUGGGAGUUCGUACCCGAGGGAGUGGGAUUAUGCAAGGUUUAGGCAGAUUGCGGAUAAAUGUGGAGCAGUGUUGAUGUGUGACAUGGCUCAUAUUAGCGGUCUCGUGGCAGCUAAGGAAUGUUCAAGUCCAUUCGAGUACUGUGAUAUUGUUACCUCAACGACUCACAAAAGUCUCCGGGGGCCUAGGGGAGGUAUUAUUUUUUACAGGAGAGGUACAAAAUCAAAAAAACAGGAUUUGAACCUUAGUCAUGGAGAUGGGAGGAAUCAUUAUGAUUUCGAGGAAAGGUUGAACUUUGCCGUGUUUCCAUCAUUACAAGGGGGUCCUCACAAUAAUCACAUUGCUGCUCUUGCCAUUGCUUUAAAACAAGUAGCUACUCCGGAGUAUAAAACCUAUAUGCAACAGGUGAAGAAAAAUGCUCAGGCAUUAGGAUCUGCUUUGCUGAGAAGAAAAUGCAAGCUGGUAACUGGGGGCACUGACAAUCAUUUGUUGCUCUGGGAUCUUACUGCUCUAGGCUUGACAGGCAAGAAUUAUGAGAAGGUCUGUGAGAUGUGUCACAUCGCUCUCAACAAAAGUGCUAUAUUUGGUGAUAAUGGUGCCAUUUCACCUGGAGGCGUAAGAAUUGGUACUCCUGCUAUGACAUCAAGAGGUUGUUUAGAGGCUGAUUUUGAGACAAUUGCAGAGUUUCUACUCAAGGCAGCUCAGAUUACAAGUAUCUUGCAGAGGGAACAUGGAAAGUUACCUAGAGAUUUUCUCAAGGGUCUGCUGAACAAUAGAGAUGUUGUUGAGCUCGGAAAUCGAGUUGAGGAAUUUGCUUCCCAGUUUGCAAUGCCAGGAUUUGACAUUUGAAAAUGUGAAAGAGGCAGGCGGCCUGCAUCAGUAAAAUCAUCAUCCUGCGCGUCUGGGCCUAACCUGUCACUCCACAUGGUAACCCAUCCAUUUUCACCCAUCCCCUCCUGUAAAUUACGCCCGAAAGACAGUCAACAUUUAGAUUAUGUUUCCCAAAAGUUUUACAAGCAUCACUCGCCUGGUCCCUGACUGACUUCUUUUGUGAAAUUGUAAAAUUUAUACCAAAAAAAGCCUGUCCUUUUAUUUUCUGAUAUAUUUGUGAAGGCGUUAUGAAAGUUCUCAAAGUUUUAGUGGUCUGUAGUCAAUAUUUUUUAUUGAAUACAUGUGUAAUUACAGAACUGGGGUAGAUUCGGACAGUUUCUGUUUGAAAUGAGUUAUACACGAAAAAUAUGCGAAUGUUUCCAUUUGAA